UCGAACAGCCAUCUGACGAAAAAAUCGUCAUCUGUAUAUAAACGCGGUCCCACCCUUCUAGAUCAUUCCUGGAUUUGUCUGAGGUAUCAAACGAUCUCACUGAAGCUCUUGGCGUCGAGGAUUUUUCCAACUGUGUGAAGAUCAAAACCCCCCCAAAAAAGUUUUUUUCUACUCGAGUAACGGACAUUUGACUUCUACUUUUUUGCUCCAGAUUAUUCAAGAAGGAAAAGCUAGCAUUCUAGCCACAUCAUUCCCGCCCAUUAAGUCAUUUUAAGUCAAAAUGAUAGAGUCAUGACAGUUUAAGCUGUCUAAAACUGUUCUGAAAAUUGUUGCUGUUAAGCACAAAAUAUUAUAGGUACCCGAGACGCAGAGGAGAAUUAUAAAUAGUAAGUGUUUACUUUCAAACCAAUUUGAAUCGAAAUUUAACGGUUAAUCAGUUGCCUGUCUUGGAAAUGAUCAAUUCUUAAAGUAGUUAGGAGAAAGCUGUGAUAAAGCGAGUAAAGCUGGCUAGUUAGCGUAUGAGCUCACACCGCAAAGAUAGCAGCGGCUAAACGCCCUGUUUCUCUUUGUGUGUGUGAGACGGAUUCAUAUUCUACUAAUUACUGAUUAAACAUGUUUUUAAAUAAGCUAGCGAUCGCUUCUCAUAAGCAAUCUGUUCAUAAAGAUUGCCGCAGCAUAAAGCAGGAUGUAAUUAUUAUUAUUAACGUGCUUUUGAAAGGAGAGCUCAUUGGGACAUUCAACGCAAUCUGUCCAUAAAGAUUGCACGAUGACGACUGUGGAUGUACAAGGGUUGAAAUGUUCGAUUAUUGGCUUAUCUUUAGUUAAAUUUAGUAAAAUAAACAAUUAAAAAAAACGCAUAAAUGGAAGUCGGUUAGCUUUUAGUGGAAAUUUUUUGUAACGCUGAGAAAUGUCGAGGUUGUUUGUGUAGUCGUGUUUUGCUUUUAAAAUGGCGGACGGGUUGUCCUUUGCUGAGAUCCAACGCAAUGGUGGCUUUGGCUUUGAGACCAGAUGGUAUUUGUUUGCUCGGGAUUUUCUCGUGUUGUUCUAAUCAGAGUCGGUCGGAAUUCAAUUUUUUUUUUACCAUAUAUAUAUAUAUAUAUUUAUAUAUAUAUUUUUAUUAUUUUUGGGAGUGGGGGUGCGAGUGUAAAUAGUUUUCGGGGUUGUUUGGAUAUAUUUCAAGAUGGCGCUCGGGCUUCUUCACGAACGCGAAGCGGUUAACGGAAAAGGGGGCGGGGCUUAGCGCACGCGCUUGCUUCAGGGGGUGUAGAGCCGCACGCGCAGGAUGACUCUGACAGAUGGCGAGAGCCACAGUGGGGCUUCUGUAAAUGACUCCCAUUUUAUAUAACGCAUCUGUUUUAACACAGCGCGGCUUGGGCAUUGUCAAAUCACCGGGUUUGUCAUGCAGACUUAUUGUGAUUAUUUAUUUAAACAAUAUUGUGUUUUAAAAAAAACCCCAACAACAACAAAAAAAGGCAUGAAGGAGUUCCAUUGUGUACCACCCUGUGUAAGGUGAUGUUUAAAAAGGCAUUACACAGUCCGUGUGUGUGUGUGUACAUUUUAAUGUGUUUCUUUUCGAACUUGACAAGUUUAUUCACUAUAUUUCUGAUGCGAUAUUUCCGGCAGUCGUGUCCACUUGUUCAUGAGGUAACUGCCAGCUUUGUUUACUGUGUGUAACAGUUGUGACAUUUUCAGGAGUGUGUAUUGUACCGUGUAACGGAGGUCGAUACUGAAUUCAGAGACUAAAAAAAACUUCAACAACACUUUUACGGGCUGUAAUGGCAGUGGGCCCAGUGGACCCAAGGGAGGUAUUGAAAGGAGUGGAGGCGCUACUGGGGAAGGAUGGUGAGCUCCGAAGCCUGGAGGGUGUUGCCAAAGUAUUCAGUCUGAUGAAGGCCUCUCAUAAAAUGGUCAGCAGGUGCAUGUAUCUAAAUAUCUUGCUGCAGACCAAAUCACAUGACAUUCUUAAUCGAUUUAUCCGUGUUGGUGGCUAUAAGUUGCUGAACUCUUGGUUGACUUAUUCCAAGACUACCACCAAUACCCCAAUGCUGCAGCUCAUUCUUCUCACUCUGCAGAAACUGCCUCUUACAGUGGACCAUCUCAAACAGAACAACACGGCAAAGUUGGUUAAGCAUCUGAGCAAGAGCGGGGAGACAGAAGAGUUGAGAAAGCUCGCCUUGGUACUCGUGGAAGGUUGGAUGGCCAUCAUCCGCUCUCAGAGUGUUUCCAGCGGCGCCUCGCCUAACGACAAGAAAAGAAAGAAGGAAGACGUUAAAGUGCGUCCAGAGGUGAAGGUUGUGGAGAAGGGGACAGAAGAGGAGAGGAAAAGAGAAAAGCCAAAGGCCCAUGCGCCCAGUCAUGCGAAGAUUCGCUCCACAGGUUUAGAGGUAGAAACUCCAACACCCAUCCCUACAAAAAAGGUCCCUGUAGUCCCCCAGCUUGGAGACAAAUACAACAUCAAACCUGCCGUGCUUAAGAGGCCUAGCUCUGGUUUAUCAGACGCGCCACCUGUGGAGAAAAAAUACAAGCCUCUUAACACCACGCCCAACUCGACCAAAGAAAUCAAAGUCAAGCUCAUUCCUGCACAACCUAUGGAGAGCCUGGGCUUUCUGGAUGCACUUAACUCUGCUCCAGUGCCAGGAAUCAAGAUCAAGAAGAAGAAACCCAAGGCAGUGUCUCCUACCUCUAACAAGCCAUGUCCGUUUGAAAGCAAGCCCCAGUCAUACUCGAGCUCGCAGACCAAGCCGUCUUCCCCCGAGGUUCCUGCGUCUCACACUCCUCCACAUGAGCCCCAAGACCUGGAACAGCCAGGGACGCCUGUCCCCACCGAGGACCCUGAGGCUAUGGACACUGAUAAGCCUAAUGCGCUUUCAGAGCCACGCGGAGAGGAAGAGAGCCUCACAAAGAAAGGCAAGAAAAAGAAGAGCGUUCGCUGGGCCGAGGAAGAACAGCUCAAAGAAUAUUUUUACUUCGAUCUGGACGAGACAGAGAGAGUAAACGUCAACAAGAUUAAAGAUUUCGGCGAAGCGGCCAAGCGGGAGCUGAUGAUGGACAGGCACACCUUCGAGAUGGCCCGUCGACUUUCACACGACGCCAUGGAAGAGCGGGUGCCCUGGACACCCCCGCGACCUUUGAUCCUGUCAGGCUGUCUGGUCAGUCCAGGGUCCAGUAGCACUGAGAAGCUGACGCAGAGGGACAGAGAGAUGGGCAUCCUCCAGGAGAUCUUCCUCAACAAGGAGAGUGUCCCAGACAGCCCACACGAGCCGGACCCAGAGCCUUACGAGCCGAUGCCACCACGUCUCAUUCCUCUGGAUGAGGACUGCACGACGGUGGAGGACAGCUACACGGAAACCGCUGACACUGCUGUAUCGUGUCCACCCCCCACAGCCCAGGAGGGGUCCAAGCUGCCCCCUGUCCUCGCAAAUCUCAUGGUCAGCCUGAACAGCAGCAAAUGCAGUCCGCAAGCUCCGAGCAACACACCACCUCCCAACAAUUCCUCUGUGAACGUCCAAGAACUCCUCAGCUCCAUCAUGGGUGCUCAGGGGUCUAACCAGUCAGCAGAGGACCUCAUUAAGCAGCCUGAUUUCUCUGACAAGAUCAAACAGCUUUUGGGAUCUCUUCAGCAGAACCAGAAUCAGAACCAGAACCAGCAGGGCAGCGCUCCACCUAUGUCGAAUGCAGGUCUUCUCGGCCACGGUCCCGGCAUGAACAUGAACAACAACAUGAACAUGCCGAUGCCCAUGAACGGCAGUUACCCACCGAACAAGCCGCCCGGCGGGCCUCAUUUCAGUCACCCGCCCCCUCCUCACGGGCACGGACCACCACCCUUUGGCGGAGGAGGGCCGCGCAUGAUGGGUCCUCCACCCGGACCUCAGGGUAGAGGAGGGGACAACGGAAACUACUGGGGAGACGACUCUAUACGGGGAGGACCACACCGGGGCGGCCAUUUCCACCGUGGGAGAGGAAGAGGAGGAGACCAAGGGUUCAGAGGACGGGGAGGACGAGGAGGACCACGCGGAGGACACAACAACAUGGGUGACAUGUCCAAAAGACCUGUGUGUCGGCAUUUCAUGAUGAAAGGGAACUGCAGAUAUGAAAACAACUGUGCUUUCUACCACCCGGGUGUGAAUGGUCCUCCUCUACCUCCCCAGCAUGGGCAUUAACUUCACCCCAAGGAGGCAGACUCUCCUUGAAUCCCAACACUCACACUGGAUGUGGUCCUGCCACUCACCUUCACUAGAGGGCAGUAGAGCACAUUUUGAAGAAUUUUUUUCCCCCAUUUGAUUCCUGUUCAGUGUUUACAGCUGCCAGAUCAGAGACUGCGACGUCCGGACCCCCGAGCAUUUCUCCCCCCUCGUCUCUCGCUCUCUCUAUGGAAAUUAAUGCUUAUAAAUGACUUCAUCAUAAGAACAAGCUAAAGCCUGCAGUGAUGGAUAGACUUCCUGUGUAAAUGCAAAAACUCAGUGUUACGAUCACUUCAAUAUAUUUUUGUGGUCAUACGUACGACACCGAUUUAAAAGUACGGAAGAAUGUGCCACUCUUCGAUGACCACUAUUGCAGCUUACUUUUGAUUUACACUGUUAUAUACGUUGUGUUCGCUUUGGGUGUUACCCAUGAUUUAUUUUUUUUAUUUUUUUUUACUUUGAGACUAUGAAUUUGGUUCAGCACUACAGAACCUUUUGAAGUGUGAAUGUGUUCCCGUUAGUAUGUGUUUUUGUUUUAAAUUGUAGAACGGAGGGGAAAUGUACUGUUUUGCCGUUUAAGCAGGUUACGGUUACAGAAACCGUCUCUCUGUUAUCACCUGUGGUAUAUAACCACGCAUUCUAGCACCUCCAUUUUUAUUCCAAAGUCCGUUGGGUGAACAGCUUUACCUUCAGCUGCCUGGCUGAUAUGAAGCUGGAUUCUCACUCACACAUGCGCGUGCACACACACACACACACACACACACACACUCAUAAUAAUGUGUCCUAGAUUGCUAUUAAUGCUUGAACUUGUGUAAAAAGGGGGGAAAAAGACAAUCAGGACAAUUAGGGUGUUAUCGUUUCAUUCAGUCUGUGCAUCCGUGCAGUCACACUCUCAAGUCAUGGUCACGUAUAUCCUCAUACAGCAGUGCUGAACUGAGCCUAAGGCUCUGAACCACUCUCUGGGCCAACGCUAGUGUUUUCUGUGAAAACAGUGGCCUUUGUGUCUCUUGUGGGACUACAUAGUUUUUCUUUCCUUUUUUUUUUUCCCUCUCUCCUGUUUUUAUUUUUUGUAAAAAUCAAUUUUUUUUCACCUCUAUCCGAACGAGGUUUUGUUUGUGUUCUAGAGGUAUGUGUGUCUGAGUUACAGUUGCAAAGACACAUUUAUAAGUAUAUAAAAUCUGUAAAGGUUUUUUUUUCUACAUGUACUAAUAAAUGUUCUAAAAAUAAA